AUGAAGUACACCCUUGUUCUCUCCGCUCUUUUCGCCGUUGCUCUCGCAGCCCCAACCACCGAGGGUGGUGGUAAGGGUAAGGGCAAGGGCAGUGGUGAGGGAGAUACCGUCUGCGACAGCCACGAGACCGUCGUCUGCAGCGGCAAUGGCAGCGGUGGCUUGCUGUCACUCGGCAACCUUCUCAGCGGUCUUCUCGGCGAGAGCUGCUCCGGCGGUGACGUCUACUGCUGCAAGCAGAGCGAUGUUGAGCAGUGGGGCCCGCCGGAAAUCGCUGCUGCCAAAGCUCUGCAAGAGACUGUUCAUGCUGGGAACGAACAACUAUUCCGCACAUACCACCGAUCCCUAGCAUCAUGCCUUUUCGUAUAUGACGCCACCAAGGCCGAUGACAAAAAUUUUUGGGUUGUGAGCGCGGGGCCGGACGUUCCGAUGUAUGAUACUCACGCAGGUGGUCGGGAGAUCCAUAUUCACCCAGAGUUCUUCAUGCCUCGAUUAUCGCAGGUAUACAGCGGAAGUCGCAAGGAUCCACUGCGUGAUUCUAUCAGCCCACGACGGUUUCUUUCCGCGUCUGACUUGGAGGCACUGCAUCGGUUCUUCCCGGCGGCCAUUGGGGCACGGGUCUUGAUAUCCGGAUUCAUCAUCGUAUUGUUUCGGAAGCAAGAAGAUAUCGAGGCAUCUUGGCUUGAAGGUUGCGUCCCUUCUUUUGGCCUUUUGAGACUAGGGUAUGAUAUUGCUGUGCAUUUUCCGACCGAGACGAUCCCCGAAAGUGGGAAUGCGGUUGCAGAGUCACCUGGUCAGGGCGGUUCUGUCACUCCUCUGGGCUUGAAGUUGAAGUUUGCAGAUGGCUCGGAGGGAAUCACGGUAUCGACUCAUUCAUUUGUGGAUUCAAAGACGCCGUUUGAGCGUUCGUCACAUAAAGGCCUUGGGUUAUUGUCUAGAACCAAAUCUGCAUUCUCGAGGGCGACGGCCUUGAAAGUGAAAGAGUGCGUCAGAAGCGGAUCGAAUAUUGACUCGUCUCUCGGAAAGAGUAAAAUCGGAAGUAUUUCGAUCACUUACGAUCAUCACAUUGCACCUUCGGCUGUAUUUCCCCAAACCAUCGAACACAACGUCUCCAUUGUCACAGGAGAUCGUUUACCUAAUAUUUUGAAUCCUCCAGGCACCCCAAAGAUCACCGGAUGGGGUAGUUACCGAGAUGCUUUAGAUGGCCACUUUGCAUUCGCUAUGGACCUCAGCGCGUGGGGUAAGUACCCGGAAGAAGAAAACCACCACGAGACAGUGGGAUGUGAAAGAGUAGUGGUUGAAGGUGUCGAAUAUCUUUGGGAUCGCAACUCGCGGACACAAUCUGCUGCUCUCUUGUGGCGAGCUGUGCAUGAUGAAGCGGACGAGGAAGGAUUAUCGCGGUCGGUACUUUGUUUGGGUCAACCAAAUGACGACUAUUGUCGCGCAGUAGCUCUGAAACAUUUUGAAACUCCUAUAUGUCACCAGCACUUGAUGUGUGAUCGUAUCUCCCGGAAUGAUGUGAUUUGUUGUAGUCUCAAGGGUGGGUUCCUUCUUCCUCCCGAGCUCGGAGAGACUGAGAUUGUUUGUGAUAGUGGGGAAUCAUCGGUGGAGUUGUCAGAGAAACAAACAUGGGGUAUAUAG